CCAGUAAAAAGGGAAAAAAGGAAGCAGAAAAGGAAAAGAGAAAGAAACAAGGAAGAGAGAAGAUCAGGAAAUUCAGAAGAAAUAGCAGGAGACAAGCAAGAGCAACUAACAAGAGAAUCUAGUAAUAGAAAGGGAAAUGAAGACAAAGAUAAGAGGUACAGAGAUGAAGGUAAAACGGAAGAAGAUAAGAAAAGAGAGAAAGAAGAGGAGAAGAAAACAGGGCAAUGUGGAAAAAUAAAAGAAAAGCUAAGAGACAAGAAUAGGCAGGAGCAAAAGGGAAUUCAUGAAAAAGAGAAAUACUGA